CUUUUUCCAUCUCACUUGCCUUCCACCACCUAUAGACUGCGGCACCAUGGCACAAGCAUUUGCGGCUCCUCUGGAGAACACGCGCAAUGUUACCAUUGUCGCACAUGUAGACCACGGCAAGACGAGUUUUGCCGACUCGCUCCUGUCGUCCAACAAUAUCAUCUCGAACCGCAUGGCCGGCAAGCUGCGCUUCCUUGACUCGCGAGAAGACGAGCAGGAGCGCGGUAUCACGAUGGAGAGCAGUGCGGUGUCGCUCCGCUUUGACAUGAUGCGCUUGCAACCUGACGGCAAGGCCGUUGCGUCAAAGCAUAUCUGCAAUGUUAUUGACACGCCUGGACACGUCGACUUUGCCAGCGAGGUGUCGACCGCUGCGCGUCUGUGUGAUGGCGCGCUCGUCCUCGUCGACGUGUGGGAGGGAGUGUGCACACAGACCAUUGCCGUGCUCCGCCAGGCAUGGGUCGACAAGCUCCGCCCAUUGCUCGUCAUCAACAAGAUGGACCGACUGAUCACCGAGCUGCAGUUGUCGCCCUCGGAGGCCUACCACCACAUUGCGCGGUUGAUUGAGCAGGUCAACGCCGUCAUGGGCUCUUUCUACGCCGGCGAGCGUAUGGAGGACGACCUGCGAUGGCACGAGGAGCGCGAGAAGCGCUUGGCCGAGCGGGCCGAGCGCGCGGCUGCCGGCGACGCGCCAGAGGGCGAGGACUCGGGCGACGUCGACGCAGAGUACGAGGAGCGCGAGGACGAGGAUAUCUACUUUUCGCCCGAGCGCGGCAACGUGCUCUUCGCGUCGGCCAUUGACGGCUGGGCGUUCCGUCUUGGCAAGUUUGCGCGCCUCUACGCCGACAAGCUCAAGAUCAAGGAGGGCAACCUCCGCCGCGUGCUCUGGGGCGAGUGGUACCUCGACCCCAAGACCAAGCGCGUUGUGAGCCGCAAGGCACUCAACGGGCGCCCCCUCAAGCCGCUCUUUGUCCAGUUUGUCCUCGAGAACAUUUGGAAGGUGUACAACACGGUGCUCAACGAGUACAACCCCGACCUCCUGGCCAAGAUUGUCGGCGCGCUCAACAUCAAGGUGUCGCCGCGCGAUCUCAAGUCCAAGGACACGCGCAACCUGCUGACGGUCAUCAUGCAGCAGUGGCUGCCGCUCAGCACUGCGACAUUCCAAGCCGUCGUGGACGUUAUCCCCUCGCCGCGCGCCGCCCAGGCGAUGCGCAUGCCGUUCAUGCUCCACCCCAAGGAGGCGCAGGCGUCGUCGACGCCACUGCCCCCGGCGAACGAGUUUGAGAAGGAACUCUACUCGUGCGACCAGCGUCCCGAGGCGCCAGUGGUCUCGUACGUGUCGAAAAUGUUUGCCGUCAAGCGCGAGGAUCUGCCCGAGUACAAGCCCCGCGAGAUGACCGCCGAGGAAAUGCGCCGCCGUGGACGCGAGGAGCGUGAGCGCCGAGCUACCGUGCAGGCUUCCCGCGCGGCGCUCGGACUCGGUGACACGACCGACCCCAACGAGCUCGCCCGCGCCAUUGACGACAUUGAACUCAACAAGCCGACCGAGGCGCCCGCCGCCCCGGCUACGCCUAGCGGCGAGGUGCUCCUCGGCUUCUCUCGCAUCUUCUCCGGUGUGCUGCGCCGGGGAACAACCCUGUUCGCCACGCUGCCCAAGUACGAUGCCGAGGCCGGGCCCGACCACCCCCGUAACGCGCGCCACAUUCGCCGUGUCACCGUCUUGGACCUGUACAUGAUGAUGGGGCGUGACCUUGUCUCUGUGGAGGAGGUGCCCGCAGGGCAUGUCUGCGCCAUUGGCGGCCUGGACGGCAUCGUGCCCCGCAACGCUACGCUCUGCGCCCCGCCUGCGGCUGGCGUUCCCGAGGACGCCGAGCCGCCCGCAUACGCUGGGGUCCUCAUCAACCUGUCUGGCGUUGGUGUCAACACGGCGCCAAUCGUCCGUGUGGCGCUCGAGCCUGUCAACCCUGCCGAUAUGCCCAAGCUCGUCGCAGGCCUGCAGAUUCUCAACCAGGCUGACCCCUGUGCCGAGUACCUCGUCCAGGAGACUGGCGAGCAUGUCAUCCUCGCCGCCGGUGAACUGCAUCUCGAGCGCUGUCUCAAGGACUUGCGCGAGCGCUUUGCAAAGUGCGAAAUCCAGGCGUCCGAGGCCAUUGUGCCAUUCCGUGAAACUGCCGUCAAGGGCGUCGACAUGGCGCCGCCCAAGACUGCAGGAGCUCCGCGUGGUACAGUCCGUACAUCCGUGUACGACGGCCUGGUCGAGUUUACCAUCCGCGCCGUGCCCCUCCCUCCCGCUGUGACCGACUUUUUGGCGGCUCAGCAGAAGACGAUUGCCAGCAUGACGUUGCAGCGUCAAGAGGCGGCCGAGGACGAAGUCGACGCAGAAGCGGCUGAAAACGCCACGCGCGUGUUGACCCCAGAGCAAUUCUGGGCCGAGCUCGAAAAGCUGUUCAACAAGGCCGGUGGCGAAUGGACCGGUGCCGCCGAUCGAGUUUGGACGUUUGGGCCCAAGAAUGUCGGGUCCAAUGUUCUGCUCGACCCCGCCGGCAAAUCGACUCUCCGACUGCGUGGCCGCGAAAAGGUCUUUGCAGACGCCCGAGCCGACGGCAAGACGGCAGAUGAGGCGCUGGAAUCCGCGGACGCUGCUGCGGCCGCCGCUGCGACCGAAGGGGCCACCGACGGGGCCACCGCAUCGGCACGCCUGUUCCGAGACUUUGACCACUCGAUCGAGGCCGGUUUCCAAAUGGCAACGUUCCAGGGCCCCCUGUGCGCCGAGCCCGUGGUCGGCAUGGCUUGGGUCGUCGACCAGAUCACGUACAACCCUGACGAGGGGGAAGAUUCUCGCGGCCGGGCCUCGGCAGUGGUUGGUGCUCUCAUUUCGUCGGUUCGCGACGCCUGCCGCACGGGUCUCCUCGACUGGUCGCCACGCAUCAAGCUCGCAAUGUACACGUGUGACAUUCAGGCAUCGACCGAUGUCCUGGGCAAGGUGUACGCUGUCGUUGCCCGCAGGAGGGGCCGCGUCGUGAGCGAGGAAAUGAAGGAGGGCACGUCGUUCUUCACCAUCCGAGCCAUGCUGCCCGUCGUCGAGUCGUUUGGCUUUGCCGACGAAAUCAGGAAACGUACCUCGGGUGCCGCCUCCCCCCAGCUUAUCUUUAGCGGAUACGAGACUCUGGACCAGGACCCCUUCUGGGUCCCGACGACAAUCGAGGAGCUCGAGGACUUGGGCGAAAAGGCAGACCGUGCCAACGUGGCCAAGGGCUACGUUGACGGCGUUCGCAAGCGCAAGGGCAUGUUUGUUGAGAAGAAGAUUGUCGAGUUUGCGGAAAAACAACGCACUCUCAAGCGCUAGUGUACGCGGUAGUUAGUCACAUCAUAAGCAUCUUCCCCACAAUGAC